AUGUCCACAACUUAUGCGCCAGGAGAUCCAAAAAAUCCAUGUAAUCAAUGCAGUCGUGAAAUAUAUGUCAGCCCGCAAAUGGGACAGGAAGGAUCGACGUAUAUGGAUUUCCGUUACGGAGACUGCCUGAAAGUUCUAAUUUUCUGCCAACCUUUGAAGGAUGGACUGCAUGUCGAUCUGCUUGAAAAUGGUAAAUCCGUGGAACUUACUGCCUCAACCGUCAAUCGAACCCUCACAUGCACGGAUGACUUGGAGUGGAUGGACACUCAAUCUCAGCUAAUUAUUUCCAACGUCACCUGCCUGAUGAGAGAUGGUUAA